AUGAAGAAGAUGGAAUCAAAGAAAUUGCGUGGUCCCAGAUGGUGGGAUAGCUUCGUAGGACCCAAAAACAGCAACUCCAAGUGGGUUCAAGAGAAUCUUGAAGAGAUGAACCGGAAUGUUACAAGGAUGCUGAAAGUGAUUGAAAAUUCAAGUGCAGAGUCAUUUGCUAGAAAGGUGGAAAUAUAUUAUGAGCGUAGGCAAGAAUUAAUCAACCUUGUUGUAAAAUGCUACAGUAUACAUUGUUCAUUGGCGGAGCGGUGUAAUGAUGGGACAGGAGAGGUUCUCAACUACAUUCCUAAUUCACAUCUUAUUCGAUCACAUGCCCCUGACAUUACUUCCCCGCCUCUUUUAUCUCAACAUCCUAGCUCUAAGCAGCUCAAUGUUCAUAAUCAUGAGCGCUCUGUUUCUAAGCAACUUAAACGCGGUGUUUCUGUUAAACGGAGUAAUUAUCACAUCAGUGAUAAAAAGGAAGAUCGCGUGUCUUGUUGCUCUAUGUACAUGGGCCCUCCCGUCUACGGCAGUAAUUCUCAACUACCGAUGCCGUUCCCCUUCUGGCUCCCAUCAGAACCACCCUACUUCUCAAAUUACUACUUAUAUACACAGAGUGAAUUGCAGUAUGAGCAAGUCUCAAAUAACUACUCAGAUACACGGCGUGAGUUGCAGCAAGAGGAAGUCUCAAAUUACUACUCAGAUACACAGAGUGACGAUGAUGAUGAAGAAGAGUUGGAGGCUGAGCUACGCGAUAUGAUAGUGAAACUUUACAUACAGUUGGAAGGGGAUCGAAUUGACAAGGCAUUAUUAGAAGAAAUGUUGGACCUAAAUGUUAAUUCAAAAGGAGGGAUUCAAUCACAACAACCGGUCAAAAUUAGUAUGCCUCCACCUCCCCUGCCUCCUGUUACGAAAAUUAUCAGUUCCAAAUCACAAUCAGAAUCAGAUGAUUCAUUCAGCAGUAGUAACUACUCAGAUACGAAGAACAACGAUGAUGAUGGAGACGAGUUGGGACAUGAUGAGUUGGAGGCUGAACUACACAAUAUGAUAGAGAAACUUUACAUAGAGCUGGAAUGGGAUCGAGUUGUUUCAAUGUUCCAGGGUGAAAUUUUGAAGUAUGAAGAUAAUACGCAUGACGAUGAUGAGGAAUUUAUAUCAUCAAAUGUGGACAAGGCGUUAUUAGAAGAAAACUUGAAGCUUCAAGCUGAAAUUAGCAGACUCUUGAAGGAAAUGUCAUAUAGUGAAGAAAUAGAAGCGAUAGUAGCAGAGAGAGAUAUGUUGAAAGCCAGAGUUGCAAGGCUUACAGCUGACCUCAGGAUGUCUGGAAGAUCAGUUGCUCCUAUCAAGGCUGGUUUCGUUGCUCGUGUUGGACCUGAUACGGCUUGGGGAUUAUGGUUAGAUUGCUUCUUAGGACCCAUGAACAGCAACUCCAAGUGGCUUCAAGAGAAUCUUGAAGAGAUAAACGAGAAUGUUGGAAGGAAGCUGAAAAUCAUUGAAGAUUCAGAUGUAGACUCAUUUGCUGAAAAGGUGGAAAUGUAUAAUGAGACUAGACAAGAAUUAAACAACCUUGUUGACAAGUGCUAUAAUCAUGGGAGAGGAGAGCUUCUGAACAACAUUCCUAAUUCAGGUCUUAUUCCAUCACAAAUUAGUAUAUCCAAUGUUAGCUCCCGGCCUCUUUUAUCUAAACCCAGUAGCUCUAAGCAGCCAAAUGCUCCUGAGCGCUCGGUGGUCUCUAAGCAACUAAAACGAGGUGUUUCUGAAAAAAAGUUCACGAUGUUAAGUUACCACUCAGAUGCAGAGAGUGACGAUGAUGAUGGAAAAGAGGGGAGUGAUGAGUUGGAGGCUGAUCUGCGCGAUAUGAUAGAGAAACUUGAUGAUGAUGGAAAAGACGGGAGUGAUUAUGAGUUGGAGGCUGAUCUGCGCAAUAUGAUAGAGAAACUUGAUGAUGAUGAAAAAGAGGGGAGUGAUUAUGAGUUGGAGGUUGAUCUGCUCGAUAUGAUAGAGAAACUUUAUAUACAAAUGGAAUGGGAUCGAGUUGUUUCAAUGUUGCAACACAGAAUUUUGAGGCCGUAUGAAGAUGACGGACAAGUGAAAGAAUCAGUAUCAUCGAAUGUUGACAAGGCAUUAUUAAAAGAAACCUUGGAGCUUCACGGUGAAAUUUGCAGACGCUUGAAUGAAAUGUCAUAUUUGGAGGAAUAUAAUGAAGAAAUAAACGCAACCAACCUUUGA